CUCCAGGGUCGGCCUUACAUUGAUUGAAAGUAAGCAAGGGCUUAAGGGGCCCCACUUAACCCAAAUGUCGAUUAAUUAAGGGGAUUAUCUAUUCUGGAUUGAAUGACACGUACAGUCGCACACCACAAUUUUGAUUUUAACUAAGCAUUGGCUCUGCCAACGACUGUUCUUCUUCUCGUCUUUAAAGUCUGAUCGAUUCUUCAAUCUGGUUUGUUCAAAAAUCAAAAAAUCAAUUCUUGAAUCUUGAUUGUUCAAAAAUCGAUUCUUGUUUCAGAAAGGCUGUCAAGUGUGAAGAAACGAUAGAUUGGUGCAAGAGCAGAGUUUUUAUGUCCAACUAAGGUGUCAGGGCAACAUAAUACCUAAAUUGAUGUCACAAAGGAAAGAACCAGAUGGUAUUUGAAAGAGGGAUGGCUGUGGUACUAAUGGGUGUAAGCGGUGUGGGGAAAUCAACUAUAGGAGAAUUGCUUGCGAAAACUCUAAACUGUAGCUUCAUUGAUGCGGAUGAUUUUCAUCCACAAUCAAACAAAGAGAAGAUGAAGAACAGGAUCCCCUUAUCAGAUGAAGAUCGUGUCCCAUGGCUUGAAGUGCUUCGGGAUAUAUUAAAUGCAAGCUUGGUGAGUGGCAAGAUUGUAAUUCUUGGGUGUUCUGCCCUUCAGAAAAAGUACAGGGACAUUCUUAGAUCUGCUGACCCGAAUUUUAAGGGUGAUUAUUCGUGUGAAAAAUGUGUUGUGAAGUUUGUGUUGUUGGAUGUUGGGGUGGAGGUGCUUAUGAAUCGAGUGGCGAAAAGAGUGGCAGAAGGGAACCACUUUAUGCCUGCUGAAUUGCUUCAGUCGCAAAUUGAUUUACUUGAGGUUGAUGCUUCUGAAGGGAUACAUAAAGUUGACGCUUCAAGGAGUCCUCAAGAUAUUGUUGAUGAGAUUAAAGCGUUGAUAUUCUGAUUAACAAUAUUGAUGUUGGUAUUGGUUGUAUUGCUUUAAUUCUACAACACCAAUUAUUUACUCUAAUACAUGUAUAUUCCAUUUAAUCUUUUAUGUUUCACUAAUCAAAAAGUAACUUUGAAUAAUGGGGAAAAUAUAGCAUAAAUCCAAAAAUCUAUGUUUCUUUUGUCAUAAUAUGAGCGACAUUAGACCAGUGUAAUUCUAUUUUUCAUCAUACACCCAAAAAUCUACAAUACUUAUUUACAAAUGCAUGUUUUUUAUUUAUUUUAAACAAAAAUAUGUGAUUGGUUUUGUGUUUGUAAACGCAUGAUGAAUUCAGUAAAACCAUCCAAAUAAAAUCCAGUCCCACAAUUUUGUCUUUAUUUUAUCUAUUAACGGUGCAAGAUAUGCGCAAUUUUUUAAAAUACUGGGAACAUGAUCUAAUACUAUUACAAAAAAAAAAAAAAAAAAAAAAAA